ACAUUCACUCAAACUUUGAAUCGAACCGUUAGAUCUUGAGAAAAGCUAAUUAUUUGUAGUUAAUAUACAGCGAGUUUAAAAUGGCCGGAGUUAACGUCUUGCAAUCAGCAAUUCUGGCUAGCCCAGUGCUACGUAAUUCUAACCGGGCUAGAGUUGGCCAACUUGUUUCUACUUCGUAUGCACCAAAAUUGCGUAAAAUGGUCCACACAGUGAGAUGCAUGGCAGGGGGAGAAAAUCAAGAUCUGCCCUCAGCAAAGCCAAAGGUGAGCACCAAGUUCUCAGAUGUGUUGGCAUUUAGCGGUCCAGCACCGGAGAGGAUCAACGGGAGGCUAGCCAUGGUCGGGUUCGUGGCAGCAAUAGCAGUGGAAGUAGCUAAAGGGCAAGACUUGUUAACACAGGUUUCUGACGGGGGAAUAACUUGGUUUAUAGGAACAAGUGUGCUGCUCUCUCUCGCAUCAUUGAUCCCAUUGUUUAAAGGGAUCAAUGCGGAAUCCAAGUCUGAUGGUGUCAUGACAUCUGAUGCUGAGCUCUGGAACGGGCGAUUUGCUAUGUUGGGGCUGGUUGCAUUGGCUUUCACUGAGUUUGUCAAAGGUGGAGCUCUUGUGUAGUUUAUGCUUCAUCGUUAAGUCCUUUCUAUUUUCGCAAUCAGUAUUAAGGGACAUAGAUAUCGGACGCAAUGUAUUAAACUAAAUGAUUUUUUAACUGCAUAUAUAAAAAAAAAAUUUAUCUUCCAA